AUGGCUCCCGAAGGCGUGGCGGAGCUCCGUGAUUGGCUGUUCCUGCUGCUGCUGUGCCUGACGCUGCUGGCGGAGAUGCUGGAGCUGGCGGCGGCCGCAGCCGCGGCCGCGGAGGCCCUGCAGGAGGCCGAGGGGGACGUGGCCUGUCCCUCCGCCUGCCGCUGCGACGAGGGCUUCGUCUACUGCAACGACCGCGGCCUCAGCAUCAUCCCGGCCCUGCCCUUUUCGGCCGCCGUCCUCUACCUUCAGAACAACCGGAUCGACAACGCGGGGCUCCCCACGUCCCUGGAGCGGCGAAUGACUGUAAAAGUGGUAUACCUGUACGAUAAUGAACUGGACGAUUUUCCCAUGCACCUACCGCCGUCGUUACGAGAACUACACCUGCAGGACAACAACAUACGCAGCUUGCCUCGGUCCGCCCUGGCCCGGCUGCCCCUGCUGGAGAAGCUACACCUGGACGACAACUCGGUGUCCACGGUGAGCAUCGAGGACCAGGCCUUCGCGGACAACCCGCGGCUGCGCCUGCUCUUCCUCUCCCGCAACCACCUGUCCAGCAUCCCGUCCGGCCUGCCCUCCUCGCUGGAGGAGCUCCGGCUGGACGACAACCGCAUCUCCACCAUCCCCACGCACGCCUUCCGCGGCCUGGCGGCGCUGCGGCGCCUGGUGCUGGACGGCAACCUGCUGGCCAACCAGCGCAUAGCCGACGACACCUUCUCCCGCCUGUCCAACCUGACCGAGCUGUCGCUGGUGCGCAACUCCCUGCAGACGCCGCCCGUCAACCUGCCCAGCGCCCACCUGCAGCGGCUCUACCUGCAGGAGAACGCGCUGGCCCACAUCCCCCGGGGCUCGCUGGACGGCAUGCGCCGGCUGCAGAAGCUCGACCUGUCGGGCAACAACCUGACCACCCUGCCCCGGGGCCUGUUCCGCGACCUGGACAACCUGGCGCAGCUGCUGGUGCGGGGCAACCCGUGGUACUGUGGCUGCAACCUGCGCUGGCUGCACGACUGGCUGCACAGCAGGGGCCCCUCCGUCACCGUGAGGGGCCUCAGCUGCCAGGGGCCCGAGAGGGUGCGGGGCAUGGCCCUCAGGGACAUCACCAGUCAGAUGGAGGAAUGUGAUGGUGGGGGUGGGGGUGGUGGUGGUGGUGGUGGUGGGGGUGGGGGUGGGGGUGGGGGUGGCGGUGGCGUUGGGGGGAGGGACAGAGGCGGGGGUCAACCGGUUGUCACGACUACCCUGCCCCCACCCCAGGGCUCCCUCUUCACUCUCAGAUCCAAACGGCCGGGGCUUCGGCUCCCGGACUCCGGGCAGGACUAUCCGCUGGGGGCCAGCGGGGUGGGCAAAAUGCUGCUCCUGAAAGUGAAGCCCCUCACCCCGGACACCAUCCACAUCACCUGGCGCGCGCCGCACCCCGCCCCCUCCUUCCGGUUGAGCUGGCUGCGGCUGGGCACGAGCCCGGCCGUGGGCUCCAUCACAGAGACCCUGGUGCCGGGCGACCGGCGCGAAUACCUGCUCACCGCCCUGCAGCCCCGCUCCAGCUACAUCAUCUGCAUGGUGCCGCUGGCCGCCAGCGCGGCUAAGGGCACGGCGGCCGCGCACUCAGACUUUGACGAGACCCCGGUGUGCGCCAAGACCGAGACCUCGGACGCCGGGCACCCCGGCCCGGACGAUGACGACGACCGGGGCUCCGAGCAGCUGACCGCCCUCCCGCUCGCGGGGAUCAUCGGCGGGGCCACGGCCCUGGUGUCGCUGGCCCUGAUCUUCGGCAUUUUCUGCUGGUACGGGCACCGCGCCGGCUACCUCUCCAACCGAGAGCAGGCCGCCUACAACCGGGGGGCCGGUGCCGGGUCGCGCGCGGGCAAACACUACGACGACUACGUCGAGUCGGGCACCAAGAAAGACACCUCCAUCCUGGAGAUCCGGGGUCCCGGGUUCCAGAUGACCCCCAUGGCUGCCCAGCAGCCGCUCCGGCCAAAGCCCCGCGAGGACUACGUCAUCCACACCAUCUUCCCCUCCAACGGCACUACCCUGUACAAGAGCACCCAGCACCACAUAGCCAACACCGGCUACGGCACCAACCGCGGGUACCGGGAAGGGGGUAUCCCGGACAUAGACUACUCCUACACGUGAUACUGCCCUUCACGUGCCCCCAGUGCUCUUGUGUUGAUGUAGGGCUUCAGUCCUGGUUCCAAAGCACCCCCACACCUGCCUGCUGAUUUCCAUUCCAGCCGGUCAGUUAUUCAGCAAGGUCAACCGUAACGCAGAGCGGGCUGCCCUCGCCCAGAACAAACCUGCAGCCCCUGCGGAAAAAACCGCCAGCAUAAAGCCAGUAAUAUCAAUGAAGGUGUUUGGCAAAGCACAUUUUUCACCUUAAAAUACCUAUAGACAUCUUUACAGCGUUUCACUUCCCCCCUUACUUACGCAGCUUGCUUACGGCGACUCAGGGGGGUUGGCAGAUAACUGCCAACAGAUUGGCUGGAAUGGAAAUCGCUGCAGACACACAGGGGGCUUCACUUCUGUAGGGCCGAGGGAACCAGGUGUACAUAGAAUAGAGCUAUACAAUGGAGUUCUGUGGUCAAAAACCGGUAGAAAACACGGAGUCACACAAAAAAAAAAAGAGGAUUCUUUGUUUUUAGGCUUAGUUCUGUCUUUCCAGUUUGGCUUGCCCUUUUUUUCAUUUCCUUUGUAAGUUGGAGAGAUGUCUUUGUUCCUGUCUGAGGAGUUGACAGUGGUGAUGACAGUUUUGAC